CUCGAGGUAGAAGGCCACUUUCAAUAAGAGCAGCAGGUUUAAGACUUGGAGCUGCUUCGACAAUGCUCUUUUUGGUAGCUCUAAAAUCGGAUGCAUUCUCUAUGUUUUUGCAAUUUAAAGCAUUUACGGAAAGACAAUGGUUGCCGGAUGAAGACCGUAAUAACAGAUUAUGGAG